CUUCGGAGCCGCUCCUACUGUACACAACGCAGAAAUCCAUCGGUGCCAUGUACCUCACGACUAAGCAUCAGUACUACGUGGCCAAGGACCUGGCCCAGGUUAUUGGAGUCAGCUACGAUGGAAGCGACGUCUACUGGACCGACAUAUCCUUCAAAACGGAAUCAAUCGAGAGAGCCCGGGAAGACGGAAGCCGUAGGGAGCUGCUGCUUACUUCCGGUUUGGCCUCCCCAGAGGAUAUAGCACUAGAUUGGUUAACCGGGAAUAUCUACUUCAGCGAUAGUGGUCAUAUGAUGAUCGCAGCUUGUACGAAUAACGCUUUCCACUGCACGAUCCUGAUCCAGGAGAGUUUGCAUAAACCCAGGGGUAUUGCCCUGAUGCCUCAGAAUGGAACCAUGUUUUAUUCGGAUUGGGGAGAUAAGGCUAUGAUCGGGACUGCGGAUAUGGACGGAAAGAAUAAAAAGAUUUUGAUCGACAAGGACAUCCAUUGGCCAAACGGGUUGAGCUUGGAUUGGCCCAAUAGUCGACUUUAUUGGGUGGAUGCCAAGUUGAAAAAGAUCGAAAGCAUUCGACUGGACGGAACUCAACGGAUGACUGUGCUGGGAGAUGUUCUGAAGCAUCCUUUCUCGAUUUCGGUUUUCAACGAUCGAAUCUACUGGUCCGAUUGGGACACCAAGAGCAUCCAGUCCUGUGACAAAUUCACCGGAAAAGAUCGAACAACCCUGGUGCAUGACAGACAGAUCUUUGAUGUUCACAUCUACCACUCCAGUGUCCAACCCAAGGGAGAUCAUCCGUGUCUGGGGAACUUCUGUUCGCACAUGUGUCUUCUGGCAUCGAACAACAGUUACAGUUGUGCAUGUCCCUAUGGGAUGGCUUUGAAGCCGGAUAAACAUUCCUGCCGGGAGACGAUCAAGCGGCAGUUCCUGAUGCUCGGUAUCGGAAACUAUCUGGUCAAGUUGGAUAUGCAACAGUUCGGUCGGCAUGAAAUCACAAAUGGGGAUGCGUACUCAUUCUAUAUAAGUAAAAUGGCGUUCAAUUCGAUUACCGGGGAGAUUUUUGUGGCUGAUAACUUCCAGAAGGUGAUUUUUGUAGUUGAUCCGAAGACCAAGAAGACGCGGCAGCUCAUCAGCGAUAAUUUGGGAACAGUUACAUCGAUGAGUUUUGAUUACCUGGGCAACAACCUGUACUGGACCGAUAGCGAUCGCUACACGGUCGAAGUAUUCUCGCUGCAAACUCGCAACCGAACGAUCCUGCAGCACUUCCUCGGCGCCGACACCCCGAUAGCACUAGCCCUGAUCCCGGAACUGGGGAAAAUGUUCAUAGCGUUGCGAUCGUCACUGCCUACCCCGAAUACCCACAUCGACCGGCUGGACAUGCACGGACGAGGACCUCACGCCCAUGUGAUUGAGGAGAAGAUCGGGGGCAAUGGAACGUUUACCUUUGUGGUUGAUCGGGAUUUACGUUCGGUGUAUUGGAACGACAUGACCCGAAGUAGGAUCGAAUUUACCAGUUAUGAAGGAGAUACUCGUCAUUUGUUCCGGGAGUAUUUGAGAUCGCCGGUGUCGAUUGCGAUCGUUGGAGAUUCGCUGUUCUGGACCUGCUAUAAUUCAAAGAGACUGUAUUGGUCCGAUAAGCAUAACUUGGGUAAUACGAAGAAGAUCAAUAUUGAGAAGCCUCCGGUGGGGUCGUUCCCGAAUGAGGUGGUGCUGUUGGCGAGUCAACCGAUCAGGAAGUACGAUCACCCGUGUCAGCGAUCGGAUAACGGAGGGUGUUCGCAUAUUUGUGUCGCCGCCGGGAUGUACGUGAGUGCCUGCGUUUGUCCGACUGGGAUGGUGUUCAGCUCGAAGGCCAACAAGACGUGUAUCGAUGCGAUCGAUUGUGAGUUCAGGUGCAGUAGUGGAGAGUGUCUGACGAUCAGCAAGCGGUGCAAUGGGAACAGGGAUUGUGCGGACGGAUCGGAUGAGCAAGGUUGCGAUGGGAAAGGAAGGAAGGUUUCGUUGGAAUGUCGCUACGAUCAGUUUGCAUGCGCCGACCGUAGCAAGUGCAUCGAUCAAAAGUUUAGGUGUGACAAGCACGACGAUUGUGCGGAUCGUUCGGAUGAGAAGAACUGCGAGGGGUAUGAUCCGGGGAAAGGAUGUCACGAGCAGCAGCAUGCCUGCCCUGAUGGUGCCUGUAUCGAUGUGAAUGCGCUGUGCGACGGAACGAAGGACUGUUCCGAUGGAUCGGAUGAGCAAGGUUGUGUGCAGGGAAACAAUGAAAAGGCGAACGCUACGACCUGCGGACCUCUGAUGUUUAGGUGUGCCUCCGGGCAGUGUAUUCCGAAAUGGUGGGAGUGCGAUGGGACUCCAGAUUGUACCGAUGGAUCUGAUGAACAUCGAGCUUGCAUGAAAAAGCUUGAGUGUGCCAAAGGGUUUACGAAAUGUACUUUGGGACAGUGUAUUGAAGAUAGGUUGGUGUGUGAUGGGAACGAUGAUUGUGGAGACAAUUCGGAUGAAGCCAACUGCAGCGUUGAGACGGAAUUGUGCGUCGGAUUUGAGGAGGAAAACCCGACGAAGUUCUUGUGCGUUCGAUCCGGGAAAUGCCUGGAUAUAGCGGCACGGUGUAAUGGAACCUCGGAGUGCCCGAACGGAGAAGAUGAGAAGGAUUGCAGCAAUUGUAGUAUACAUGAGUUCCAGUGCAAGAAUGGUGCAUGUAUUCGAGAGGAAUGGCGUUGCGAUAAGGAGGUAGAUUGCCUGGACGGUAGUGAUGAGGUAGACUGCGUUAAUGGAACCGCCAAAAGUGAUGAACUGUUCCACGUGGCUUGCGGUGGAGAUGCGUUCGAAUGUAAACCGGGAGUCUGCAUCGACAUGAGAAAGGUUUGUGAUGGGAAGAAAGAUUGUGCCGAUGGAAAAGACGAAGGUCAAGGCUGUGCCGACGCAUGUAAGAAUCAUCCGUGUGAUCAAAAGUGUAUCAAGACACCAACCGGAGCUGUUUGUGAAUGUCGGGAAGGUUACACUCUCUCGGGUAAUAAGAAGUCCUGCCUAGAUGUGGACGAGUGUUCAGAAGCUAAGCCAUGUGCUCAAACUUGCACUAAUACCCGUGGGUCUUAUCGCUGUUCCUGUAAUCCCGGCUUCAUGCUUCGAUCGGAUAAGGUAUCCUGUAAAGCCACUGGACCCAAUCGCUACAUCCUCUACAACGCCUACAACCAGAUCCGGAAACUAGAGAUCAAUCCCGCCUCCAUCCGAGUGCUUCUUCAAACGAACGAAUCCCGCAUCACAAGUAUGGACGUCGAUAUCCGUCGGCAGAUGUUGUACUUCAUCGACGAAUACAGUCCGGUAAUUUACGAACACGACCUGCUGCACAACGUAACCCUAGCGAUGCAUAACGUCGGUCAUCCGGAAUAUCUGGCCGUAGACUGGAUCACCGGCAACAUAUACUUCUACGAUCGAUCCGAUCCCUCGAUCAAGCUUUGCUCGAUCCGACAUUCGGUUUGCGCCAGAGUAAUCUCCUUCUCAAACCAAGUCUUCGUUAAAGCACUUGUCGUGGAUCCCGUCAACAAGUACCUGUUCUACUCGGUGAUGCAUUUUUGGAUCUUCCAAGUUCCCCACUCGAUCGUCUAUCGGUCCAACAUGGAUGGAACUAAUCAAGUAGUUUUAACCAAAGAUAUCUCCCACAUAACGGGAAUUCAAUGCGACAUGGACAAUCAAAUGCUGUACAUUGCCGACGUCAGUACCAAAUCGAUUCGGAUGAUCGACUACGAAGGUCGACAGCUGAAGACCGUAAUCGAGAAGCAACCCUUUGCGAUCAGCCGUCCAAUUGGACUUACUCUGUAUGAAAACCACGCCUUGGUCUUAAACGUCGCAUCGUCUACCGUAGGUCAGUGCAAGCUUUUCGGCGACUACGAAUGCAAACUGCUAGAGUUGAACGCCCACAACUCCAAUCAGAUGUUGAUUGUUCAAGAGUCUCGUCAACCCAUGGUCAAAAACGUCUGCGACCCACAAAUCAUCAACUGUGAUCUGGUUUGCGUGCAAACCGAGCGAGGUGGAAAAUGCAUCUGUCACAAUGGUCAACACGUUCGGGAAGGCGAUCGCUGCCCUGCCGUAGCCGACAGUGAUCGAUCCAUUAACCCAAUGAUCGAGCCGCAUGACUCCAAUCGACAAACUCUACCUCAACCGGGUCACUCCCAAGACUCCGAAAGUUCGUCCUCCUCGUUUUGGCACAUUCUCCUCUGGUUGAUCGGCUUGGGCGGAAUCGUCGGAGCCGCAGGCUACGCUUAUAAACGUCGUUUCCACCGGAAGUUCAACGUGGGGAUCCACUUCCACAACCCGGAGCUGAGCACCAUCGACGCUGCCGAAGUGAAAAUGUUCCAGAACGUUCCAACCAUCCAUCAAUCGGCUAACCUCACGGAACUCACCGUGGACAGUCCGCCGCCACCUUCUUCCAACUCCAACGGCUGCGGGGGAGCUUCCUGUUCCCGGGACGUGACCGCCACGGCCCUGGAGCUGGAAAACAUGUCCGACGCCGACUCAAUGAAGGACGCCUACGACUGCGGAGACGACAUGCGACAAAGGUUAAUUUCGUGAUCUAUGUUUAGUUUUGUUAGGAAAUUUGUUAAUUUGUUGUUUAUCCAAAACAGUUGGUUUACUUUUAAAAUGAAAGUAGAACAAAUCUUAUUCAUGGCGCUACCUUCCGGUAGCGCUCUUAGUAGUUUAUUUCUGUAAUUGUAAAUUUGUAUAAAGUGGAAGCCUACAGUUGUUGUUGUUCCAAACGCCCUGAGUGUCAAAUAAAGUUGUUUGAUUGUUGA